AAUACAAAAGCAUUACACAUUUUGGUUUAAGCGCAUUUAGGUUUUCAUUGCUAGUUUUCGAUUCGUAUACCCUUUUUAUACGAACAGUUCAUAAAUACUUUGCUUCAAUAUGAUUUACCAUUUGGCAAUUUGUUUAACUAUAUCAUUUGUUACUGUCACAUGUGAAAGAGAAGCCGUUGCACAGUUAGUGUCUAGUGAUGUCUCUGGCAGUAUUUGGUUCACGGAGAUCGGCGCAGGAAUUCGUGUUCAUGGCAGAAUCGUCGGCCUUGGUGCCGGAAAUUACGGGUUCCACAUACACGAGUUUGGGGACACCACCACUUGCGAAGCAGCCGGCAGCCACUUCAAUCCGGACGGUACUGUUCAUGGAGGUCGAGACCAUGCGUUGCGGCAUGUUGGAGACUUGGGGAAUAUACAGUUUGACGAAAAUGGAGUCGCAGAAAUAGACUUUGUGGAUCAUGUGAUUGCACUUCGUGGUAGAAACAAUGUGUUGGGGCGGACGUUGAUAUUGCACGAGGGAGAGGAUGACCUAGGUUUGGGUGGAGCCGUAGACUCGCUGACGACUGGUAAUGCGGGCUCUCGUCUUGCUUGCGGUGUUAUUGGCCUUCGGUCGCCUGUCGACCCUUGGCGUAAAUUAUUGCAACCAAAUGAGGUGAAUUUAAAUGAAAAUGCAAUGCCUUCGGUGUUUAAUUAUUUACUUAAACUAAAUAAAUAUUAAAAUUAA